AAAAAACUCCAAAAGUCUAUUGAAGGACCCGCCCUUCUUAAAGGCGCUCAAAUUCUUCAAGACUUUGCUUACGCGUAUCCUAAGCGUAAUAGACUGAUGGGAGGGAAUGCCCACAAUGACACUGUCGACUACCUAGUUUCAGAAUUAGACGCUCUGGGCGGUUACUACACAGUCGAGAAACAGAAAUUUUCUUCUCUCGUCCAGCUCAAUGCUUCCGCUUCUCUAGCAGUUAAUGGAACCACAUAUGAGCCUGGGAUUAUGGAAUUUUCGCCGAGCGGGAAUGUUGGCGCGCCCAUUAUUGUGGUGAAUAACUUGGGGUGCGACCCGGCCGAUUAUCCGGCUGAAGUACUGGGUAACAUCGCUCUUAUCUCACGCGGGACCUGCGAAUUUGGCUUAAAGUCUGUAUACGCUGGUCUUGCGGGUGCUGUAGGCGCGAUCAUCUACAACAACAUCCCUGGUGCUCUAAAUGGUACUUUGGGUGUACCACCACGGCCUGAAGGCGACUAUGUUCCCACUGUAUCCCUGAGCCAGGAAGAAGGUACCGUAAUCGUGAGUUUGAUUACUGGCGGUGCUGCCGUGACUGCUUCGAUCGGCGUGUUGAGCGUCAUCGAGAAUUACACCACCUUCAAUGUCCUCGCGACCUCCAACUGCGGCGCGCAGAACACAACUCUUGUGCUCGGGGCCCAUACCGACUCCGUGGCCGCCGGCCCCGGCAUCAACGACGACGGCUCUGGUACCAUUGGCAUCCUUGAGGUCGCAAAACAGUUAGCCAAAUAUAAAGUUAAUAAUGCGGUACGAUUCGGCUUCUGGUCAGGCGAAGAAGAAGGUCUUCUCGGCUCCACCUACUACGUUGAAAGCCUCUCUGCCGCCGAGCUAGCGAAUGUGCGAGCAUAUCUCAACUUCGAUAUGAUCGCCUCGCCAAACUAUAUAUACGCCAUAUACGAUGGUGACGGUAGUUCGUUCAACGAAACUGGUCCCCCCGGCUCCGCAGAUAUAGAACACUUCUUCGAAAACUACUUUGCCUCUGCUGGCGAAAAUUUCACAGCCACUGCCUUCGACGGGCGCUCGGAUUACCUCGCCUUCAUUGAUAAUGGCAUUCCAGCCGGCGGUACUUUCACUGGAGCGGAGGAAAUUAAGACACAGGAGGAGGCGGAGGCGUUUGGUGGACAGGCAGGUGUUGCCACUGAUCCGAAUUACCAUCAAGCGGGCGAUACUGUGGAGAAUUUGAAUAUGGAGGCUUUUGUGUUAAAUACGAAGGCGAUUGCGGCUGCGGUCGCGACAUAUGCAACGACUUUUGAGAGUUUGCCGCCCAAGGGGCUGGAGAAAAGAAAUGGGGAAGUGAGGUGGGUGAAGCCGAGGAGCAGGAGGGGCGGGAAAACAGUUAAGAGAGCUCAGUGA